CCGGCCGCCCUGGUGACCUUCUGGGUAACACAGGCCGAAGGCAGGCGGGCAGCAGGAAGGCAGGGCGCCGGGCCCCCCAGGACUCAUCUCCCAGGGCAUCCCCCCCACCCCCCGGGUGCCCCCGUGGCCGUCCGGUUCCAGAGACCCACCCCCUCCAGCCCAGCUCGCCGAGGCCAUGCAGAAAGCCCGGGGCAUGCGAGGCGGGGACGCGGGCACGAGGGCACCCCCCAGCCCCGGGGUGCCCCCCAAGCGAGCCAAGGUGGGGGCCGGCGGAGGGGCGGUGGCCGGGGCGCCCGCCUUCCUGCGGCCCCUGAAGGACACGGCGGUGUUGGCGGGCGGCGACGUGCGGCUGCGGGUGGUGGUGAGUGGGACGCCCCAGCCCAGCCUCAGCUGGUUCCGGGACGGGCAGCCCCUGCCCCCGCCGGCCCCCGAGCCCAGCUGCCUGUGGCUGCGGAGCUGCGGGGCACAGGACGCCGGCGUCUACAGCUGCAGGGCCCAGAACGAGCGGGGCCAGGCCUCCUGCGAGGCUGUUCUCACAGUGCUGGAGGUCGGAGACUCCGAGACGGGCGAGGAUGACAUCAGCGAUGUGCAGGGGACCCAGCGCCUGGAGCUUCGGGAUGACGGGGACUUCAGCACCCCCACGGGGGGCUCCGACACCCUGGUGGGCACCUCCCUGGACACACCCCCGACCUCCGUGACAGGCACGUCAGAGGAGCAAGUGAGCUGGUGGGGCAGCGGGCAGACGGUCUUGGAGCAGGAAGCGGGCAGCAGGGGUGGCUCCCGCCGCCUCCCAGGCAGCCCAAGGCAAGCACAGGCAACCGGGGCCGGGCCACGGCACCUGGGGGUGGAGCCGCUGGUGCGGGCGUCUCGAGCUAAUCUGGUGGGCGCAAGCUGGGGGUCAGAGGAUAGCCUUUCGGUGGCGAGUGACCUGUAUGGCAGCGCAUUCAGUCUGUACAGAGGACGGGCGCUCUCCAUCCACGUCAGUGUCCCUCAGAGCGGCUUGCACAGGGAGGAGCCUGAUCUUCAGCCUCAGCCGGCCAGUGAAGCCCCUCGUCGCCCCGCCCUACCGCCUCCCUCCAAAUCCGCACUGCUGCCCCCACCGUCCCCUCGGGUGGGUAAGCGGACCCCGCCGGGACUCAGCGCCCAGCCCCCGGUCACCCCCACAUCGCCCCACCGGCGCACUCAGGAGCCCGUGCUGCCCGAGGACGCCACCGCCGAAGAGAAGCGAGGGAAGAAGUCCAAGUCGUCGGGGCCCUUGUUGGCGGGCACGGCGGAGUCCCGGCCCCAGACGCCACUGAGCGAGGCCUCGGGCCACCUGUCGGCACUGGGCCGCUCUCCCAGGCUGGUGCGCGCGGGCUCCCGCAUCCUGGACAAGCUGCAGUUUUUCGAGGAGCGACGGCGCAGCCUGGAGCGCAGCGACUCACCGCCGGCGCCCCUGCGGCCAUGGGUGCCCCUGCGCAAGGCACGCUCGCUGGAGCAGCCCAAGUCCGAGGGCGGAGCGCCCUGGGGCACACUCGGGGCCUCGCAGGAGGAGCUGCAGGCCCAGGGCAGCGUGGCCGAGCGGCGCCGCCUCUUCCAGCAGAAGGCGGCCUCGCUGGACGAGCGCACGAGGCAGCGCAGCGCGGCCUCCGACCUCGAGCUGCGCUUCGCCCAGGAGCUGGGCCGCAUCCGUCGCUCCACGUCGCGGGAGGAGCUGGUGCGCUCGCACGAGUCCCUGCGCGCCACGCUGCAGCGCGCCCCGUCCCCUCGAGAGCCUGGCGAGCCCCCGCUCUUCUCCCGGCCCUCCACCCCCAAGACCCCUCCGGCCGAGAGCCCCGCCGCCGCCGCCUCGGCGCCCCCUCCGAGCGUCGCGGGGAAGCCCGGGGACGAGCAGGGGAGGCCCAGGAGCCGCGGGCCGGCGGGCAGGACGGAGCUGGGGGAAGGCCCGCAGCAGGAGGUUAGGCGCCGGGACCAGUUCCCGCUGACCCGGGGCAGAGCCAUCCAGGAGUGCCGGAGCCCCGUGCCGCCCCCUGCCGACACCGAUCCCCCUGAGGCCAGGACGAGAGCACCCCCGGGUCGGAAGCGGGAGCCCCCAGCGCAGGCCGUGCGCUUCCUGCCCUGGGCCAUGCCAGGCCAGGAGAGCGCUGCUGUGCCUCAGACCUUGGAGAAGAACAGGGCGGGGCCUGAGGCGGAGAAGAGGCUGCGCAGAGGGCCCGAGGAGGACGGUCCUUGGGGGGCUUGGGACCGCCGAGGUGCCCGCAGCCAGGGCAGAGGUCGUCGGGCCCGGCCCACCUCGCCUGAGCUGGAGUCUUCGGAUGACUCGUAUGUGUCCGCUGGAGAAGAGCCCCUCGAGGCCCCUGUGUUCGAGAUCCCCCUGCAGAAUGUGGUGGCGGCCCCAGGGGCAGAUGUGCUGCUCAAGUGUAUCAUCACUGCCAAUCCCCCACCCCAAGUGUCCUGGCAGAAGGAUGGGUCUGCUCUGCGCAGUGAUGGCCGCCUUCUCAUCCGGGCUGAGGGCGAGCGGCAUACCCUGCUGCUCCGGGAGGCCCGGGCGGCUGAUGCCGGGAGUUACACAGCCACCGCCACCAACGAGCUGGGUCAGGCCAGCUGUGCCGCCGUGCUGGCCGUGAAACCUGGCGGGUCCACAUCACCUUUCAGCAGCCCCAUCACCUCUGACGAGGAAUACCUGAGCCCCCCAGAGGAGUUUCCGGAGCCUGGAGAGACCUGGCCCCGCACCCCCACCAUGAAGCUCAGUCCCAGCCAGAACCGCCACUCCUCCGACACGGGCUCCAAGGCACCCCCGACUUUCAAGGUCUCACUUAUGGACCAGUCAGUAAGAGAAGGCCAAGAUGUCACCAUGAGCAUCCGUGUGCAGGGGGAGCCCAAACCAGUGGUUUCCUGGCUGAGAAACCGGCAGCCUGUGCGCCCAGACCAGCGGCGCUUUGCUGAGGAGGCAGAGGGUGGGCUGUGCCGGUUGCGGAUCCUGGCUGCCGAGCGGGCCGAUGCUGGCUUCUACACUUGCAAAGCGGUUAACGAGUAUGGCGCCCGGCAGUGUGAGGCCCGCCUGGAGGUCAGAGCACAUCCUGAAAGCCGGUCGUUGGCCGUGCUGGCCCCCCUGCAGGACGUGGACGUGGGGGCCGGGGAGAUGGCGCUGUUUGAGUGCCUGGUGGCGGGUCCUGCCGACGUGGAGGUAGACUGGCUCUGUCGAGGCCGCCUGCUGCAGCCUGCACUGCUCAAAUGCAAGAUGCAUUUCGAUGGCCGGAAAUGCAAGCUGCUGCUCACGUCUGUGCAUGAGGACGACAGUGGUGUCUACACCUGCAAGCUCAGCACGGCCAAAGAUGAGCUGACCUGCAGCGCCCGGCUGACCGUGCGGCCCUCACUGGCGCCCCUGUUCACUCGGCUGCUGGAGGACGUGGAGGUGCUGGAGGGCCGUGCAGCCCACUUCGACUGCAAGAUCAGCGGCACCCCGCCCCCUUCGGUCACCUGGACUCAUUUUGGCCGCCCGGUGGAGGAGAGCGAGAACUUGCGGCUCCGGCAGGAAGGGGGUCUGCACUCUCUGCACAUCGCCCACGUGGGCAGUGAGGACGAGGGGCUGUAUGCGGUCAGCGCGACCAACACCCACGGCCAGGCCCAGUGCUCGGCCCAGCUCUAUGUGGAGGAGCCCCGGACGGCCGCCACCGGCCCCAGCUCGAAGCUAGAGAAGAUGCCAUCUAUCCCGGAGGAGCCGGAGCAGGGUGAGCUGGAGCGGCUGUCCAUGCCCGACUUCCUGAGGCCACUGCAGGACCUGGACGUGGGCCUGGCCAAGGAGGCCAUGCUGGAGUGCCAGGUGACCGGCCUGCCCUACCCCACCAUCAGCUGGUUCCACAACGGCCACCGCAUCCAGAGUAGCGACGACCGGCGCAUGACACAGUACAGGGAUGUCCAUCGCCUGGUGUUCCCUGCUGUGGGACCUCAGCAUGCCGGCGUCUACAAGAGUGUCAUCGCCAACAAGCUGGGCAAAGCUGCGUGCUAUGCCCACCUCUAUGUCACAGAUGUGGUUCCAGGCCCCCCAGAUGGCGCCCCACAGGUGGUCGCUGUGACUGGCAGGAUGAUCACGCUCACAUGGAACCCUCCCAGGAGUCUGGACAUGGCCAUUGACCCAGACGCCCUGACCUACACUGUGCAGCACCAGGUUCUGGGCUCGGACCAGUGGACAGCGCUGGCCACGGGCUUGCGGGAGCCUGGAUGGGCAGCCACGGGGCUGCGUAAGGGGGUCCAGCACAUCUUCCGGGUCCUCAGCACCACCAUCAAGAGCAGCAGCAAGCCCUCGCCCCCCUCAGAGCCUGCACAGCUCCUGGAGCGUGGCCCACCCCUGGAGGAGGCGCCCACCGUGUUGGACAAGCCGGACGUCGUGUAUGUGGUGGAGGGACAGCCCACCAGCAUCACAGUCACCUUCAACCACGUGGAGGCCCAGGUCGUCUGGAGGAGCUGUCGAGGGGCCCUCCUGGAGGCGCGGGCAGGGGUGUAUGAGCUGAGCCAGCCCGAUGAUGACCAGUACUGUCUUCGGAUCUGCCGGGUGAGCCGCCGAGACGUGGGGCCCCUCACCUGCACGGCCCGCAACCGCCAUGGCACACAGGCCUGCUCGGUCACACUGGAGCUGGCAGAGGCCCCUCGGUUUGAGUCCAUCAUGGAGGACGUGGAGGUGGGGGCUGGGGAAACCGCUCGCUUCGCUGUGGUGGUUGAGGGGAAACCACUGCCAGACAUCAUGUGGUACAAGGAUGAGGUGCUGCUGCCCGAGAGUAGCCACGUGAGCUUCGUGUAUGAAGAGAACGAGUGCUCCCUGGUGGUGCUCAGCACGGGGCCCCAGGAUGGGGGUGUCUAUACCUGCACUGCUCGGAACCCGGCUGGGGAAGUCUCCUGCAAAGCCGAGCUGGCUGUGCGUUCAGCUCAGACAGCCAUGGAGGUAGAGGGGGCUGGGGAAGCCGAGGAACAGCGAGGAAGGAGACUCAGCGACUUCUACGACAUCCAUCAAGAGAUUGGCAGGGGUGCCUUCUCCUACCUGCGGCGCGUGGUGGAGCGAAGCUCCGGCCUGGAGUUUGCGGCCAAGUUCAUCCCCAGCCAGACCAAGCCAAAGGCAUCAGCAUGGCGAGAGGCCCGGCUGCUGGCCCGGCUCCAGCAUGACUGUGUCCUCUACUUCCAUGAGGCCUUUGAGAGGCGUCGGGGACUGGUCAUUGUCACCGAGCUAUGCACAGAGGAGCUGCUGGAGCGAAUGGCCAGGAAACCCACCGUGUGUGAGUCUGAGAUCCGGGCCUACAUGCAGCAAGUGCUAGAGGGAAUAUGCUACCUGCACCAGAACCAUGUGCUGCACUUGGAUGUCAAGCCUGAGAACCUGUUGGUAUGGGAUGGUGCAGAGGGUGAAGAGCAGGUGAGGAUCUGUGACUUUGGGAAUGCCCAGGAGCUGACUCCGGGAGAACCCCAGUACUGCCAAUACGGCACACCUGAGUUCGUGGCCCCCGAGAUCGUCAAUCAGACCCCUGUGUCUGGAGUCACCGACAUCUGGCCUGUGGGCGUUGUUGCCUUCCUCUGUCUGACGGGAAUCUCCCCGUUUGUUGGGGAAAACGAUCGGACAACAUUGAUGAACAUUCGAAACUACAACGUGGCCUUCGAGGAGACCACAUUUCUGAGCCUGAGCAGGGAGGCCCGGGGCUUCCUUAUCAAAGUGCUGGUGCAGGACCGGCUGAGGCCGACUGCAGAGGAGACCCUAGAACAUCCUUGGUUCAAAACACAGGCAAAGGGCGCAGAGGUGAGCACGGAUCACCUAAAGCUGUUCCUUUCCCGGCGGAGGUGGCAGCGCUCCCAGAUCAGCUACAAGUGCCACCUGGUGCUGCGCCCCAUCCCUGAGCUGCUGCGGGCACCCCCAGAGCGGGUGUGGGUAGCCAUACCCAGAAGACCACCCCCCAGCGGGGGGCUCUCAUCCUCCUCUGACUCUGAAGAGGAAGAGCUAGAGGAGCUGCCCUCAGUGCCCCGACCACUGCAGCCCGAGUUCUCGGGCUCCCGGGUGUCCCUCACCGACAUUCCCACUGAAGAUGAGGCCCUGGGGACCCCAGAGGUUGGGGCUGCCACCCCCAUGGACUGGCAGGAGCAGGGAAGGGCCCCCUCUCAGGACCAGGAGGCCCCCAGCCCUCAGGCCCUCCCCUCCCCAGGCUGGGAGCCCCAAGCUGGGUCCAGCCCCCAGCGGAGAGAGCUCCGGAGGGGCAGCUCUGCUGAGAGCGCCCUGCCCCGGGCCGGGCCAAGGGAGCCGGGCCGGGGCCUGCACAAGGCAGCCUCCGUGGAGCUGCCGCAGCGCCGAAGCCCCAGCCCGGGGGCCACCCGCCUGACCCGGGGAGGCCUGGGUGAGGGCGAGUAUGCCCAGAGGCUGCAGGCCCUGCGCCAACGGCUGUUGCGGGGAGGUCCUGAGGAUGGUAAGGUCAGUGGCCUCAGGGGCCCCCUGUUAGAGAGCUUGGGGGGCCGCGCCCGGGAUCCCCGGCUGGCCCGGGCUGCGUCCAGCGAGGCAGCACCUCACCACCAGCCCCCACCCGAGACCCGGGGCCUGCAGAAGAGUAGCAGCUUCUCGCAGGGUGAGGCGGAGCCCCGGGGCCGGCACCGCCGUGCUGGGGCGCCCCUCGAGAUCCCUGUGGCCAGGCUUGGGGCCCGCAGGCUACAGGAGUCUCCCUCCUUGUCAGCCCUCAGCGAGGCCCAGCCACCCAGCCCUGCGAGGCCCAGUGCCUCCAAACCCAGUGUCCCCAAAUCCAGUGUCCCCAAGUCUUUGGAACCUCCUGCCGCCACACCCAGUGAUGCCCCACAGCCCUUGGCACCCCAGCCUGCCCAAGACAAGGCCCCAAAGUCCACGCUAGAGCCAGUCCCAGCCCCCAAGCCUACACAGCCCGCCCUGGCUCCGCAAACCCCAGCGCCCCCCACCACACCCUAUGCCCAUAUCAUGCAGUCGCUCCAGCUGUCAGGCCACACGCAAGGCCCCCUGCACGGCCCCGGGGCACCUCCCUCGGAGCCCAGACCCCACCCGGCGGUGUUCGCCCGGGUGGCCUCCCCACCUCCAGGAGCCUCAGAGAAGCGCGCGCCUACAGCUGGGGCGCACCCCGUGCUAGCCGAGAAAGCUCGGGUCCCCACAGUGCCCCGCCGGCCAGGUAGCAGUCUCAGCAGCAGCAUCGAGAACCUGGAGUCAGAGGCCGUGUUCGAGGCCAAGUUCAAGCGCAGCCGUGAGUCGCCCCUGUCGCGGGGGCUGCGACUGCUGAGCCGCUCGCGCUCGGAGGAGCGCGGCCCCUUCCGCGGGGCCCAGGAGGAGGACGGCAUGUACCGGCCCAGCCCAGCGGGGACGCCCCUGGAGCUGGUCCGACGGCCCGAGCGCUCCCGCUCCGUGCAGGACCUCAGGGCGGUCGGGGAGCCGGGCCUCGUCCGCCGCCUCUCGCUGUCGCUGUCCCAGCGUCUGCGGCGGACCCCGCCGGCGCAGCGCCACCCGGCCUGGGAGGCCCGCGCGGGGGACGGGGAGAGCUCGGAGGGCGGCAGCUCGGCGCGGGGCUCCCCGGUGCUAGCGGUGCGCCGGCGGCUGAGCUCCACUCUGGAGCGGCUGUCCAGCCGGCUGCAGCGCAGCGGCAGCAGCGAGGAGUCGGGGGGCGCGUCGGGCCGCAGCACGCCGCUGUUCGGACGGCUGCGCAGGGCCACGUCGGAGGGCGAGAGUCUGCGGCGCCUCGGCCUCCCGCACAACCAGCUGGCGGCCCAGGCCGGCGCCAGCACUCCCUCCGCAGAGUCCCUGGGCUCCGAGGCCAGCGCCACGUCCGGCUCCUCAGCUCCUGGGGAAAGCCGAAGCCGGCGGCGCUGGGGCCUCUCUCGGCUGCGAAAGGACAAGGGGUUAUCACAGCCAAACCUUUCUGCCAGUGCCCAGGAGGAUUUGGGUCACCAGUAUGUGCGCAGCGAGUCAGAUUUCCCCCCAGUCUUCCACAUCAAACUCAAGGACCAGGUGCUGCUGGAGGGUGAGGCAGCCACCCUGCUCUGCCUGCCGGCGGCCUGCCCUACACCCCACAUCUCCUGGAUGAAAGACAAGCAGUCCCUGCGAUCAGAGCCGUCAGUGAUCAUCGUGUCCUGCAAAGAUGGACGGCAGCUGCUGAGCAUCCCCCGGGCGGGCAAGCGACAUGCUGGGCUCUAUGAGUGCUCAGCCACCAAUGUCCUAGGCAGCAUCACCAGCUCCUGUACCGUGGCUGUGGCCCGCAUCCCAGGAAAGUUAGCUCCUCCUGAGGUGCCCCAGACCUACCAGGACACGGCGUUGGUGCUCUGGAAGCCAGGAGACAGCCAGGCACCUUGCACGUACACGCUGGAGCGGCGGGUGGAUGGGGAGUCUAUCUGGCACCCUGUGAGCUCAGGCAUCCCCGACUGUUACUACAACGUGGCUCACCUGCCAGUCGGCGUGCCCGUGAGAUUCCGUGUGGCCUGCGCCAACCGUGCUGGGCAAGGGCCUUUCAGCAACCCUUCUGAGAAGGUCAUCGUCAGGGGCUUGCAAGAUUCCUCAGUUCUGCAAUCUGCUGCUCACCAGGACGCCCCUGUUACCUCAGGGCCAGCCAGGGCCCCGCCUCCUCACUCUCCUACCUCACUGGCCCCCACCCCAGCUCCCGCUCCCGCUCCCCCAGCCCCUCAGCCAGUCGCUCUCAGCCCUUCAUCUCCCCCAGCGCCCCCCAGCCAGGCCUUGUCCUCACUCAAGGCUGUGGGUCCACCGCCCCAAACCCCCCCACGAAAGCACAGGGGCCUGCAGCCUGCCCAGCAAGCAGAGCCCACCCCACCCAGUGCCCAGGCCACCCCCAGUGAGCCCAAGUCUUCCGUCCCUGACACUGGGACCCCAACCCCAGCCUCCACCCCUCAAGGGGUGAACCCAGCGUCUUCCUCUACCCCCCUGUAUAUGGUGACCUCCUUUGUGUCUGCACCCCCGGCCCCCGAACCCCCAGCCCCCGAGCCUCCUCCUGAGCCCACCAAGGUGACCGUACGAAGCCUCAGCCCGCCCAAGGAGGUGCUCAGCUCCCCUGUGGGUGGUCCCCCCAGCUCUCCUGGGCCGAAGGGCACCACUCUUCGGCAGGGACCCCCACAGAAACCCUACACCUUCCUGGAGGAGAAGGCCAGGGGCCGCUUCGGGGUGGUGCGAGCAUGCCGGGAGAAUGCCACCGGGCGGACGUUCGUGGCUAAGAUCGUGCCCUACGCGGCCGAGGGCAAGCGGCGCGUCCUGCAGGAGUAUGAGGUGCUGCGGACGUUGCACCACGAGCGGCUCAUGGCGCUGCACGAGGCCUACAUCACCCCGCGCUAUCUCGUGCUCAUUGCCGAGAGCUGCGGGAACCGCGAGCUCCUCUGUGGGCUCAGCGACCGGUUCCGGUACUCGGAGGACGACGUGGCCACCUACGUGGUGCAGCUGCUGCAAGGCCUGGACUACCUCCACGGCCGCCACGUGCUGCACCUGGACAUCAAGCCCGACAACCUGCUGCUGGCUCCUGACAACGCCCUGAAGAUCGUGGACUUCGGCAGCGCCCAGCCCUACAACCCCCAGGCCUUGCGACCCCUUGGCCACCGCACGGGCACGCUGGAGUUCAUGGCUCCUGAGAUGGUGAAGGGAGAACCCAUCGGCUCUGCCACAGACAUCUGGGGAGUGGGCGUGCUCACUUACAUCAUGCUUAGUGGACACUCCCCGUUCUAUGAGCCAGACCCCCAGGAAACAGAGGCUCGGAUUGUGGGGGGCCGCUUUGAUGCCUUCCAGCUGUACCCCAACACCUCCCAAAGCGCCACACUCUUCUUGCGAAAGGUCCUCUCAGUACAUCCCUGGAGCCGGCCCUCCCUGCAGGACUGCUUGGCCCACCCGUGGCUGCAGGAUGCCUACCUGAUGAAGCUGCGCCGCCAGACACUCACCUUCACCACCAACCGGCUCAAGGAGUUUCUGGGUGAGCAGCGGCGCCGCCGGGCCGAGGCUGCCACCCGCCACAAGGUGCUGCUCCGCUCCUACCCAGGCAGCCCCUAGCGGCUCAGACCGCAGCCCGGCCUCGGGCUUCAACUUGGGGUUCCGCUGAGGCUGCGGGACAUUCCAGGGCCCAUCCUGAGCCGGGUGGGCCCGGGGCUUCGGACACCACCAGCAGCAACAUCCAGCCGGGCUAUUACCUCAUGGACCUGCAGGGACAGAGCCACCCGCCCCCCGCCCCCUGGGCUCUGCUGAUGCCACCCCGGCCAGAGCCAGAUGGGGAGACCCAUGGGCCAGGCUGGGUGGGGGUGGGGGUGCAGGAGCAGAGAAGCAGGAAAAGGGGCAAGAAGGGAAUAGGUAAGAGAUCAGGAGAAGAAGCCAAAGGAUAGGGUGAGGAGACUCGAGGAAGGUUCUGGGGGAGAACCGACUGAGAAAGGUGUGAAUAGCUAGAGAGGAGGAAGAGGAAGGAGCCCAGGGUAUCAGGGUCGUGGGCUGGGAGUGAGUGUUGGUGAAGCAGGGACAGGACAUGGAGACAGUGGUAGGGAGCCGGAACCAGCAUGUGAAGGAGGGCAUCGAGGUGGGGGAGGGAGAGGAGGACUCGGGUGGGGUGGAGUGGGGUGGGGUAGCUGCCAACAUCCCCAGAAGGAGAACCUAGAGGGCUGGGGGCUGGGGGCAGUGAUUACUGGAACCAGUGCUCUCCUGUCCUCCUCCUGUCCCAGUGGAGGCAACUCUGAGCACUCUGUGCUGGCCCCAGGAUGUCCCCACCACCCCUCUGUGGCCUUCAUCCUUCUUCCCAUUCAUAUUUAUUUAUUUAUUGACUUUUAUGAAAUUUCCCUUCCAUCCAAUUCCUAUUGCCCGUGUUGUCCUGACCAUCCCCCCCACCCCAGCCAUCCAGCUGUGUGUGCAGCUGUCUGUCUGUCUGUCACAAGGAAAAUAAAAACGGCAAGCAGCAGGA